AGCCAUUAAUUACUACAAAUAUAUUUUUUACACGCCUUUAACCAAUUUACUUUCCAAUAAAUUCGGAUCAUUGUUUUUCACUCUCUCUCUCUCCUCCGUCUUUCGCUUUUGACGAAGAUGCUACGAAACUUCGUUGUGUGUUGCCGGUUGUUUCCCGUCAUUUUUAUUUUUCUGAAAGUUGAUCAGCAAGUUCCGUUGUUUAAAGCGCUUAUAUAUUAAGUUGAAACGCAAAGACUAGUUCCACGGAGAAUCGUGAAAAACAGGAAUUUGAAUUUAAAUUGGCGAAAUGGAGAGUUUACUGUGUGAGAAAUGGGAGCUGCAGCCGAAGCAUUCGUCGACGGAGGUGUUGCAGCGGUGGCGGGAUCUGUGUGGGGUCGUCAAGAACCCCAAACGCCGAUUCCGCUUCACCGCUAAUAUCUCCAAACGUCACGAGGCUGCUGAAAUGCGCAAAACCAAUCAGGAGAAAUUGAGGAUCGCGGUCCUUGUCUCGAAAGCUGCAUUCGAAUUCAUAAAAGGUGCCAAGACAAGCGAGUACAGUGUCCCCGACGAAGUGGAAGCCGCCGGUUUCAAGAUUUGCGCGGAAGAGUUAGGAAGCAUCGUAGAAGGACACGAUCUGAAAAAGCUGAAGCUCCACGGCGGAGUGAGCGGCAUUGCAGAUAAACUGGGCACGAACUCCGCCAACGGGCUGUCGACGGGGGACCUGAGGCGCAGGCAGGAGGUGUAUGGGAUCAACAAGUUCCAAGAGAGCGAGCCCCGGAGCUUCUGGGUGUUCGUGUGGGAAGCCCUCCACGACAUGACUCUCAUGAUCCUGGGCGUCUGCGCCCUCGUGUCGCUGGUGGUCGGCAUUGCAACCGAGGGCUGGCCCAAGGGUGCCCACGACGGCCUCGGCAUCGUGGCCAGCAUCCUGCUCGUGGUCUUCGUCACGGCCUCCAGCGACUACCGGCAGUCUCUGCAGUUCAGAGAUUUGGACAAGGAGAAGAAGAAGAUCUCCAUCCAAGUCACCAGGAACGGCUACCGCCACAAGAUGUCCAUCUACGAGCUCCUCCCCGGCGACGUGGUGCACCUGGCCAUCGGCGAUCAAGUCCCCGCCGAUGGGGUCUUCCUCUCGGGCUUCUCCGUGUUGAUCGAUGAAUCCAGCCUCACCGGCGAGAGCGAGCCCGUCAUGGUCAACGAUGAGAACCCCUUUCUAUUGUCUGGCACCAAGGUGCAGGACGGCACCUGCAAGAUGCUGGUCACCACCGUGGGGAUGAGGACUCAGUGGGGGAAGCUCAUGGCCACGCUCAGCGAAGGAGGCGACGACGAGACCCCUCUGCAGGUUAAGCUCAACGGAGUGGCCACCAUCAUCGGCAAGAUAGGCCUCGCCUUUGCCGUCGUCACAUUUGCGGUUCUUGUUCAGAAGCUCGUCACCCGGAAAUGGACGGCGGGGACUAGCCUGGUGUGGUCGGGCGAUGACGCGCUCGAGCUGCUCGAAUACUUCGCCAUCGCUGUCACCAUCGUGGUGGUUGCAGUCCCCGAGGGGCUGCCCCUGGCGGUGACGCUCAGCCUGGCCUUCGCCAUGAAGAAGAUGAUGAACGACAAGGCGCUGGUGCGGCACCUGGCGGCGUGCGAGACCAUGGGAUCCGCCACCAGCAUCUGCAGUGACAAAACGGGAACUCUCACCACCAACCACAUGACUGUCGUCAAAUCCUGCAUCUGCAUGACCGUCAAGGAGCUCACCAAACCGGAGCACGCCUCCGCUUUGUGCUCCGAGCUCCCGCAGUCGGUGCUCAAGACGCUGGUGCAGUCCAUCUUCAACAACACCGGUGGGGAGGUGGUGGUGAACAAGGAGGGGAAGCGCGAGAUCUUAGGGACUCCCACUGAGGCCGCCAUACUCGAGUUGGGGCUGUCUCUUGGCGGGGAUUUCCUAGCCGAGAGGCAGGCCUAUAAGCUGGUCAAGGUCGAGCCCUUCAACUCCACCAAGAAGAGGAUGGGGGUGGUGCUCGAGCUCCCCGGAGGCGCCCUUCGAGCUCACACCAAGGGGGCCUCCGAGAUCAUCCUCGCUGCCUGCACCAGAGUGCUCAAUUCCAAAGGGGAAGUCGUGCCCUUGGAUGAUGCAUCUUUCAAUCAUUUGAAGGAAACUAUAGAGCAGUUUGCUGGUGAGGCUCUUCGGACUCUCUGCCUCGCCUACGUCGAGCUCGAGCACGGCUUCUCUGCUCAGGAUACUAUCCCUGCCUCUGGAUACACUCUCAUAGGCAUUGUGGGGAUCAAAGAUCCUGUGCGCCCCGGGGUCAGGGAGUCCGUUGCCCUCUGCCGCUCUGCCGGAGUUACUGUCCGCAUGGUCACCGGAGACAACAUCAACACUGCAAAGGCUAUUGCAAGAGAGUGUGGGAUUCUUACAGAUGAUGGCAUUGCCAUAGAAGGUCCCGAUUUUCGUGAAAAGAGUUUGGAGGAAUUGCACCACUUGAUUCCCAAGAUCCAGGUGAUGGCUCGUUCUUCGCCCCUAGACAAGCAUACAUUGGUGAAGCACUUGAGAACCACGUUCAACGAAGUUGUGGCUGUCACCGGUGAUGGAACGAAUGAUGCUCCCGCGCUUCAUGAAGCAGAUAUUGGACUAGCUAUGGGCAUUGCUGGGACUGAGGUGGCCAAAGAGAGUGCUGAUGUUAUAAUUUUGGAUGACAACUUCUCAACCAUCGUCACCGUAGCCAAGUGGGGUCGUUCCGUAUACGUAAACAUCCAAAAGUUUGUGCAGUUCCAGCUGACUGUUAACAUUGUUGCGCUCAUUGUGAACUUCACCUCAGCUUGUUUGACUGGGAGUGCUCCCCUGACUGCUGUUCAGCUGCUGUGGGUGAACAUGAUCAUGGACACGCUGGGGGCGCUUGCACUGGCAACGGAGCCCCCAAACGAGGCCCUGAUGAAGAAGGCGCCCGUUGGAAGGAGUGGGAACUUCAUCAGCAAUGUGAUGUGGAGGAACAUCUUAGGACAAUCAGUGUACCAGUUUGUGGUCAUAUGGUUCCUUCAAGCAUAUGGAAAGACAUAUUUUGAAAUCGAAAACCAGCCCAACUCCGACCUAAUCCUCAACACCAUCAUCUUCAACACAUUUGUCUUCUGCCAGCUGUUCAACGAGGUGAACUCGAGAGAGAUGGAGAAGAUAAACGUGCUCCAAGGGAUAUUGAACAACCACGUGUUCGCCUCCGUUGUGGGUUCAACAGUCCUCUUCCAGAUCAUAAUUGUUGAGUUCCUCGGGACAUUUGCAAACACCACUCCUCUCACAAUGAGGCAAUGGAAUGCAAGCAUAUUCAUUGGCUUCUUAGGCAUGCCCAUUGCUGUCAUCUUGAAAACUAUCAUUCCCAUGAGAAGUUAAUUAACUACCAACUUCUCCAACAUUCUUCAAGGAAGAAGGAAUCAUCAACACUCGACAUUUUCCUCCUGCAACUAGAAGAAACACAUUUUAGUUAUCUUAGCCUCUUGACAUGUAAUAAUUUUGUUUAGCAGCUUAGGAAUUUAUAUUUUUCUUUGUAUAGUUUCAUUUAUUUAAGUGAUGAUUUCUCUAUUGUAAAGUCGGAAGAUCUAUUGUUCAAUCUACGUACGAUGCUUUUGUACAA